AUGGCUUUUUCACCUGAGCACAAGAGGUCGGCGCCGUCAGAUCGCAUCAGCGGCCUCUCCGACGAUGUACUGGGCCACGUCCUCUCCUUCCUCCCCACCAAGGAGGCUGCAUGCGCGGCCGCGCUGUCCCGCCGGUGGCGGCACAUCUUCGGCAGCGUCCACACCAUCUCCUUCCAGGAGGCGGAGGGCGCGAGGGCCAAUGACUGGACAACAUGGUACUACGAGAUGCUGGAAAGGAAAAGCUGCAGCGACGAGCUCCUCGAUAAUGUCAGCGCCGCGCUCCUCUGUCGUCGCCGGUGCGCCCGCAUCCCCGUGCCGCUGCGCAGCCUCCGCUUCGCCUUUGACAGCUGGCACAGGUGGGAUAAGGUCGCCAUCGACCAGUGGCUCGCCUACGUUCUGCAACCGCCGCGUGGGUGCUGCCACAACCACCCGGGGCUCCACCUCGACCUGCGCUUCCACGUCAGCCCCAUCUGUGAUUUCAGCGACGACAGGAGGAGAGAUGAUGAUGCUGGCAGCGACUCCGACGACGACCCCUUCGUCAAUAGGUGGAGGUAUCUCCUUCCAGGGAGGCUAUUUUCUUGCACCGCCCUACGGACACUGUGUGUAGCCUUUUGCCGGUUGGCGCUACCGAGGAUCAAUGUCGUCGACUUGCCUUUUCUCGACACAAUGCGCCUCACAGCCCUCAGCGACUCUGGGAGAAGCAUCCAGUGGCUUAUCUCGAGCUGUCCCCGUCUCGCUGACCUGACUCUUGAAGCCCUGUGGAACCUCAAACGGGUCUCAGUUCUCAACAAACCUCUCCGCCGAUUCGCCAUCCGCUGCUGCCACAACGUCAGGACUGUCGACAUUGACGCAUCCAAGCUGAGGUCGCUAGAGUACGGGGGUAGGGGGCUGCCGAAAUCUUUCAUGUCUCUACACGGCUCACCGCCGGCAACCAUCCCUCUGUGCACCACCAUCGGUUUCUGCAAGCCUCUCUCCUGGGAGGCAGAGUUUGCCAACCUCACAAGGUUUCUCGAGGAAAUCUCUAACACCAAGCACCUGCAUCUGCACCAUGGGGGCUUACAGAGCAGAUUCUUCGAUGCGGGGUUCCCACUUUUCUCCCGCCUGACGCGGCUCACGCUUCAAGGCUGCAUUGGAAGCAGCAACACUGUCGCUACCAUUGGUAGGAUCUUGGAUCAGACCCCAAACCUGGAGAUUCUCUCGCUGCUGAUGUGGGAGUCACAAAAGGGGAUGGCUGAUACGAGGGUCGCAGUUUUCGACGAGAUAACGGAGCCCAUCUUUUCUCUCCCAUGCUUGCGGACUGGGGUGACGGAGAUCAGCGUGGAAGAUUAUGAGGGCAGCAUGCCAGAGAAGAUGUUGGUCAAGCUCUUGCUUCGCAAUGCGUUGGUUCUUGAAAGGUUGCAGGUAGUGUUCACUGAGGGGUUGAGCUCUGAGCAAAAGAAUAUUCUGGAGGUCCAGAUGGGAAGAUGGGGAAUGCCCAAUUCAGAAAAGGUCUUCAUGUAG